GCGGCUAGGGAUGUCAAUCACUGGGUCCUGGCCGGAGAUUCCCCGCUGGCACCUGGUGAUCGCCAAGUAACAUUGACAGGGGAGAGACCUGUUUGUAAAUAACACCUGGUCUCUCUCCUGCCAGCAAGGACAUGCUGCUUUGUAUCUCUCUGCACAGCAUGUCUCCCUAGUAGUUCACACUGCGCAUAUAUGUGAACCCAAACAGCACAGAGUUAACCCUUUGACUGCCCCAGAUGUUAACCCCUUCCUGCCCAGUGCCAUUAGUACAAUUUGAGUGCUUUUUAUUAGUACUGAUCACUGUAUUGGUGUCACUAGCGAUGUCAGUGACACCAAGUCAUUUCCCCCCCAGUAUUCGAAUGCCGCCGCAGUCCCACUAUAAGUUGCCG